AUGGCUCCGUUGAACCACCACCAGGUUCUUAUCAAGAAGGCCCUGGCGAAGAAGCCCAACACUACCAAGCGGAUGUCCGGGUUUGGCCUUAAACCCUCAGCUGCCAUCCUGAAGUCCCGGCCGCAGCAGCUGCCGCCGGCGACGGUCCAGCCAAGGCGCCGCGUCCGUGUCCUCUUUGAGGACCCUGACGCCACGGACUCGGACUCCGACGACGAGGAGGCCUGCGCCCCUACGGGCCCUGCAGGAAAGACCAAGCGCUUCUCUUUUGAGGCGUUCAUCGGCAAGGCUCCAUCCAAGCCGGUUCUUCCGGCGGCCACAGUUGCCGCGUGCACCAGCGGCGGGGCGCCGGAGAGCUACCGCGGCGUGAGGCUCCGCAAGUGGGGCAAGUGGGCGGCGGAGAUCCGCAACCCGUUCACCGGCAAGAGGCAGUGGCUUGGCACCUUCGACACCGCCGGUGCGGCCUCCGCGGCCUACCUCUCCGCCUCCCGGAGCUUCGCCGACGAGAAGCGCCGCCGCCGCGGGCAGCCCGUGCCCGCCGCUACCUCAUCACCAGCUACUUCGGCAAGCGCUACCCCGACGGCGUCCUCCUCGUCGUCCACCUCGACCCCUCCAUUCGCGCACCCGUCGCCGUCGUCCGUGCUCGAAUCCACCAAGGCAGCAGCGCCGAACCCGCAGUCUCCAGAGCCGGUCGCAACACCAACGCCCGUCGACCUGCCGCUGCCGUCGACUGAAUCCGCGCAGCUGCCGGACGACCCCGAGUUCUACCAGGACCUUCUGCGCGGCCUGCAGCUGCCCGACAUCGACCCGAUGGACUUCCGCGCCGGGCUGGACGCUCUGGACGUCUCCGAUGCGGCCUUCUGCCUGGACGACGAACAGGAUCUGCUGCUUGGGGACUUCGGGGAUGAGGAGCUGGAGAUUGACCUCGACCUCGACGACAUCAACGACGUCUUCCCGGAGUUGUCCGGCUGCGACCUCGGCCGCGGCAUGGACGACUUCCUGCAAACUGUUGAUUUCUGCGUGUGA